GGUGCAGUAGGAUUUCCGAAUUAGUUACAGGCAGGUUUAUGUAUUACAUUUACACCGAAGUUCCAUAGGAUUUACAUUUGAUUUGUUUCGCUCACACUUGUUUUGAGGCAAAAUUGAACAACAAUGUUUCGCGCCCAACCCUCAUUUGCCCGAUUCAAUCUCUUUUCAACUAGACAUUUCUGCACCAAACCCACCAACAGUAUCAAUAACAGCAGCAGCAGCAGCAGCAGCAACGACAUGAUCGAAUCAAAAGUUAGUAAAUACGACGAGGCAUAUCGUCAAUUGGACAAGCUUGACUUCAUGACUGCCGCCAAGAUCCUCUUCACUGAACCCCCCAAGAAAAAGAAGUUCGGGAUCGAUUUUCAUCUGGUACAACUCUUCUUUGCCUGCAUGCCUUCAUUGGCUGUAUAUUUGGUGGCUCAAUAUGCUCGCCAUGAAAUGAGAAAAAUGGAUGAGGAACUCGAGCUGAAAAAGAAGAAAGAAGAAGAGGAGAAAGCAAAAGAGAUGGAACUAAAAGCAAUUGAAGAAAAAGAAGCUAGAUCUAAUCCAGAGCUUUUGGAGGUGAAAGUGAGACUGGAUAAGCUAGAGGAAGCUGUCAAGGAAAUUGUGGUUGAUUCAAAGAAACAAUCAACUGACAAUGCAACAAAAAACCAGGAAGACAGUAGUAAGAAAAAACACAUUGCUCCAACUGAAUCUGGUGACGUCCAGAGCAAAUCAGAACCAAGCAAAUCCACGGAGAAAGACCUUCUUAGCAAACAGAAAUCUACUGGGCCAGCAUCAGAUAAAGGAAAGGUAACUGGAUUGGCACCAACUCCUGGUGCUUCCCAGCAGGAUCAAAAUAGAAAGACCCAAAAUUAAGGAAAUUCUGAAGACACCAAGAAAUGAAGAAUUUGUAAAUUUUGUAGAAAGGAAAGGGUUCAUUUUUAACAAAGCACUUAUCUGAUUCUGUAGGCUGUUUUGCCCCAGAAUCUAUGAGCGUCUUAACUUUUGUGGUCGGGAUAGAUUACACAGAUGCAAUAUUUAACAUUCCAAAUUGCCUAUUAUUCGGAGUUUUAUAUGCAAGUAUUUGAGAAAAGAAUGUUUGGUGAA